AAGAUGGCAGACGAGGCGGUGUUUGAGUACUGUUUAAAAUUGUCUGCAUUCAUUUAUUCCUGAAUUCGUCAUAUAUUUUAUUUCUUUCGUAACAACUCUCUUACUUAGAAUUUCAAAUGUAAAUGUUGUUUAGGCUUGCAAAUAUAAACAGUUGCUUUUUAUUGUGAUUUAAAAUGUUUAUAACAAUUUUGAUCGUCGUUGCAGUCAUUUGGAUCGUCAUAGGAUUUUUUGAUCUUGUAUUUAAGUCAUGCAUGUUACAUCCAUAUUUGGUACUAUUAGAAAAAAGUAAUCUCACGUUCAAACCAUGCCAAUUACAAUGGUAUACAAGUCGUUGGAACAGAUUAUUUAAAAAGUUGAGUAAUUAUAAAGCUCGAUGGCUUCGGAAGUGGUUCAGCUUUGGAUCUCUUGUUACAAGUAUUUUAAUCAUACCAUCAUUAUUUCUAUUAGCAUAUACUGCUAAGAAUAUGUAUGACUCCUUAAGCUAUGAUAUUAAAACAGAACAAAUUUUGCAACCAGUAUUUCCAGGAGUGAAUUUACCAUUAUCUCAUGUAAUAUAUUAUUUUGUUACAUUAUUAAUGUGUAGUAUUUUUCAUGAAUUAGGACAUGCACUUGCUGCUGCAAGAGAAAAUGUCAAGAUUCAUGGUUCUGGUUUGUUUAUUUUUGGAAUAUUUCCUGGUGCAUUUGUUGAUUUAUCAACUGAAAGUAUGACAUUGUUAACACCAUGGCAACAAUUGAGGAUAUAUUGUGCAGGUGUUUGGCAUAAUAUUGUGUUGGUUUUAUGUGCAUCAUUUUUAUUAUAUGUUAAUGCAUUUCUGCUGUUUCCAUUUUACCAAUAUGGUUCCGGAGUAACUGUCACAUAUAUUGCUGAGAAUUCAGGAGUAGAUGGCCCUGCAGGGUUGGAGACUGGUGAUGUUAUUACAGCCAUUGUAUCUUGUUCCAUUCAAACAGAAGAACAUUGGAAAAAAUGCUUACAGGAUAAAAUAAAUCAACCAUCUCAAGGUUAUUGUGUACCAAUUACAUUUAUCAUGCAAGAAGAUGUAGCAAUAAAAGGUUCAUCAAAUAAUCCUAUGUUUGAUUGUUGCAAUAAAGAAUCCCAGAAUGAACUUUGCUUUCAUCACUGGACACUCAAUGAUCAAGAAGUAUGGAAUAAAAUAUUUUAAAUGUAAUAGAAUGAGAAAGGUUACUUGAGAAUUUUAAUUGAAAACAUGAAAAAUAAUUAAGAAUAAAAAA